AUGCCUCGUGCCUCAAGCUCUUCGAAGCGACAGCAAGGCGCCGCCAACCAACGCGAUACUAGGCACGAAAAUGGUCUUGUAGGUCCUGCGAAGCGAGUUACCAACAAGAAGAGUCAGCCGAGCCUUUACCCCUCUGCCUCUGCCUCCAGCCUUCGUCUUCCCGACCAGAAUGCAGAUACCUCGGCACUCCCUUCACCCCUGCCCAACGGCUCUUCCAACGGACAUACCAAGAACGCCACCCUCGCUGCCUCUCUCGACACCAUGGCCCCCGACCACCGAAAUGGCGACGCUACCGUAAGGCGAGCCUCGCUGGGAGGCUGCUCAGAGACCUCCUCCUCCGAGUCUCUGGCCUCCAACCUGGGCAACGGCGCUGUCGACACGAACCACCGUCAAAUCGAUGUCAACGCUACCAAGAACGCCGACGUGCACCGUGAUCCUGGCGGCCCUGUCGAGUUCGCCGCCACUGUCCUGAGAGCUCUCCCCCUAUACGACACCCUCGCCAUCCUCAUCCUCCUGAUGCAGGUUCCUCCCGUCGCCCUCUCUGGUAUCUACAUGGUCUUUACGUUUCUCACCUUUGUGCCUCCCGUCACCACCAGUUCCGGAAUGAACAUUAACCUCGCCGAGAUUUUCGACUACAACUCGACCAUGCCCUCCCUUGUCACGGUACUUUGCAUGGACGUUUUCAUCCUGCUGGUCUGGCUGUUUUUGUGGCCGCCCAUGCAGCUUGCCAUACUCGACUUUGCAAAGCCCGUUAUUGCCGCGACCCUCGGCGGUGGCUCCAAUACGAGGGAAGGAGCAUCAAGAAGUGUGACUACUUGUUUUCUCCUGGUCAUAGGAUCCCAUCUGUUCCGCGGUUCACGGUUCCACUGGUCUCGAGCGACAAAAUUCCUCCCUGCAAACUGGCGCUUCUCUCCUGAUUCCGACGACCCGUUAGAAUCAUUUACCCGCGGCUUCGAUAAGAGAGGACCGCAUGGGUGGAUCAAGAGCGUCCUGGCAAUACAUAUAUUGACGCAGGGCAUAGUGCGGUAUAUUCGAGAGUGGUAUUUGAGAAGAGAAAAGGGAAGCGCGUCAGCCCACAGCAUAACAGAUCCCGAGGCCGGCAAGUCGUACACCACCGACGCAGCGACGGAAACCGGAUUUGCUACGCCCGACAGCGACGCAACCUUCCAACAAAAUGCAACAGUAUCAACUACAAAAAAGAAGCGAAAACAAAGCACGCAGGUGCGCCUCCAGCAGCCGUUAUGGGCAGCUCUGGCAAGCACCAAGAUUGUCAUGGUCAAAGAGUACGAGUUAUCGCACGCGACUUCCGAGUCAGCCGGCUCCAACGCUACCGACAUACAUAACCUGGGAAGUGCCCCCUUCGACAGCCAAGCCGAGCAGAUUUGGAUCUCCUACAUUGGGCACGACGAAGUAUGCUUUAACACCAGCCAUUUCCCCGACAGCCCGAACAUCGGAAACGGGCACGUUGCGAGGCCCGCGGGCGUCGACACGUCGAAGCCUUUCUAUGUUCGGGUCAACAACGCCUUCUGGCAGCCGACACGCAUUUACCGUAUUCAGGACGAAGCCCAGCACGAGCAGACCGGCCACCACAGGUGGUGCGGAGACAUCUACGGCCUGCGACCUUUGUCCAAGUAUGUCUGUGAAUUCGUUGACACCCACACGAACCGAGUCAUCUUUUCCACCAGCAUCCGAACCUCCUUCGCGCCGAACAAGGACCAGGAAGGGUCUAUUAACCCGCCCGUGAGCACGCCCCAGUCUCUCCGCCCCGACUCGCCGGCGACGACGCUGAAGAGCACCAUCAACGCCAACAGCGAGCGGCUGGCGGAGGAGAAAUCGCGGCUCAAGGCACUGCGCAAGGAGUGGAAGAACAAGAUUAGUUCGCUCAAGAAGGAAAACGAGAGGCUCGACAACAUGAUUCAGUCAGCGGGUGGCAACGACGAAAAGCACAGACAAAAGAUUAUCCAGCAGGAGAACACCAAAGCCCAGUGCGAGAAGGAGAUUGCCCAGCUCGAAGCAGAGCUCAAGGCGUUUGAGAAAGCACCGGAUGGACUCUACGAGCGCAGGAAACGGACGGAGAAGGACUGGUCCGCCGAGAAGGCCAUUUUCGAUGCUGCGUCGAAGGAGUUCAAGGACUUCAAAAACGCCAUAUCAAAGGCUGUGAAGGACAAGGAAGACGAGCAGUCCGGCAUGCAGACAAAACGGAACAAGAUUGCGGCGCGCAUCGCCAAGGUCGACAACGAGCUUGGCCGGAUCACUGACGCCAACAACCGCGGAUUGGACGAGGCCGAACGGAGACGUCAGGCUCGCGUUGCCUGGCAGUCGGAGACGGCGCAAAUCGAGAACAACUUCCGUGGUAGCAUUGCAGACAUCAAGGGCACCAACGCGCUCAAGCAGGAGCAGGUCAACGCUCUCCUGGGACAGCUUCAGACGUUCCACGAGUAUAUGAACAGCGCCACUGCCGCGUCUAUGCCAUUCGACAUUCCCGAUCGUCACCCCUUGCAGCCUCCGACCAUGUCCUCGUACAACCCCGCCGCGCCCGCGUGGAUGCCCCCUUCGGGCGCAACGUCACAGUUUGCGAUUCCGGCAGCGUCGAUGUGGCCGACGUCGGCGACAACCGCGCCCGGCUCAACAUUACCGCUGCCCGCGACAUCUGCGCACGCCGUCUGGGGCUUCCCGCCGCCGCACCAAAGCACGGUGUCCCUGAAGGCUAGAGGCCGCUCCUCAUCCAUGCUCAGCGACGUGUCCGGGUUUACGCAGUCCAGCAACGGCGACGACGACUUUUUGUCGCUCAACAACACGCCGGCGCAUAUGCAGACCGCGCACCGCACGCCUGUGACGUUUGCCUUUAGCAGACAUCAACGGAGCGACGGGGCUGGCUCGGGCGGUAGCAGCGUGCACAGCGGAAGCGGUAGCGGCAGCGGCACCGGGAGCUUGCGGGAUCCGGCGAGUCCGAUUUGA